AUGUCCUACUCAAAGCCUUGCCCCUCAAUCACCAAUCUUCCAACCGAAAUCCAAUUAGAGAUAUUCUCAUAUCUGACAGAUAUGAACAGCCAAACAAGCAUCUAUGGAACAUGCACACUCUGGCGCCGCAUGCUCAAUGAGCACGCAAUGCUCCGGGCUGCCAGGUAUUACCGUGGCCGAGCCCCCUAUACAUAUUUCCCUGUUGUCCACAGGUUUUUCGACAUCUCCCCUCAAGGCAACGGGCGCUGCCAAGUCAAAGACGGUGCAAUCGUCAACUAUCAAUACAAGACGGAAGCAUACGGGUACAUAAAUGUUUCUCAGAUGAUAGCCAAUGAUACGAUCUUUUCUCUAACAUAUGGAGACGGAUGGUUGGCUCCAGAUCGACAAGGUACGCGUGCGAAUAUCGACUCAAAAUCUGUUUUAUAUCGGGCCGUUAAAGAUGGAGGCGACGUAGAAAUCAACCACGGCACUGCUGUUCAGGAACAAGACGCAGAAGGGGAGCCGAGCGAGACCAUCAAUACUCUGGUCAAAAAUGACGACGAACGUUUUAUAGAUGCCGUAUGGGUCAAUAUCAACAUCGGUCGCAGCUUUCAAAGGGACAACAAGAACCCCUCUUUGAGUACUUGGGAAAGAAUUACACUUCCAAAGGGGUCUAUAAUUGGAGAUUGGGUGGAAGCAUUUCUGGGUGCUAUAACGCCACUACUGGAUCUUCUUCCCCAAAAUGAAAAACCUACGGCUGUCAACUUCGAGAUGGACUUCCGCGAGGCAUUUGUCUCCGGUUCAAAGCCUGGGGAGGGGUGGUAUCUGGAAAUUUGGGUAAUAUUACCCGAAAGCCUAUCAAAGCGACUUGCAAGAUUGCGAGAAGAUAUCGAACGGGACCGUAGCGGUGUGGUUUUGACAGCCCCAUUUGGCGGUGGACCAAGGUGA